CCCCCCACCCCUUGCCUUUGCCUGGGCUACUGGUUAACUAACCACUGACAACGCGCUAACAACACUGCAGUUUCUGAUGUUGGGAAGGAUCUCCGAGGAGAGGAUCGGCUCUGAAGCUUAAAGAAAAAAAGACUAAGCAAAAGGUUUGAUCACUAAAGACACGGUUGGCACAGCUACAAAUCACUGUCACGUGCGGAUGACAUCCACUACAGAAAACCGGAACACCGCUGUUAAGCAAAAUGGGCACAAUGGGGAAGGCAACUCUCGGGAGAAGACUUACAAGAAGACACCGUCAUCUGCACUUCAAGGGUCUAUCCAGCUCGGAAUAGGUUAUGCUGUUGGGAACCUCACUUCAAAACCAGAACGAGAUGUGCUUAUGCAAGAUUUCUAUGUUGUGGAAAGUGUCUUCUUACCAAGUGAAGGAAGCAAUCUCACUCCAGCACAUCGCUAUCCAGACUUCAGAUUUAAGACGUACGCACCUUUGGCAUUCCGCUACUUCCGAGAACUCUUUCACAUAAGGCCAGAUGAUUAUUUGUAUUCUUUAUGCAACGAACCACUGAUAGAGCUUUCGAAUCCCGGUGCUAGCGGGUCUUUAUUUUAUGUGACGAGUGAUGAUGAAUUCAUCAUAAAGACAGUACAGCACAAAGAAGCAGAGUUCUUGCAGAAGCUACUGCCAGGCUAUUAUAUGAACUUGAACCAGAACCUGAGGACACUUCUGCCCAAGUUUUAUGGAUUGUACUGCAUGCAAUCGGGCGGCAGUAACAUAAGAAUUGUAGUCAUGAACAAUGUGCUGCCGCGUUCUGUGCGGAUGCAUUAUAAAUACGACUUGAAAGGUUCAACUUACAAAAGGAGAGCCUCCAGAAAGGAAAGGGAGAAAAGCACGCCGACCUACAAGGACUUGGACUUUAUGCAGGAUAUGUCCGAUGGACUCUUUUUUGAUGCAGAAACGUAUAACGCGUUGGUGAAGACUCUACAGCGUGAUUGUCGGGUAUUAGAAAGUUUCAAAAUCAUGGACUACAGUCUGUUAUUGGGAAUCCAUAACUUGGACAUAGCUGAAAAUGAAAAUGAGUUAGAGAGUUUCCAAACAGCAUCAGAUGGGAAACGCCCAGGAGGGCAGAAGGUCUUGUAUUCCACAGCCCUGGAAUCUAUACAGGGAGCUACAAAAUCGAAGGAAUCUCUUGGAACGGAGGAUGUAAUUGGAGGCAUACCAGCCAAGAAUAAUAAAGGAGAGCGGCUUCUACUUUACAUGGCCAUUAUUGAUAUUCUACAGUCCUACAGGUUCAUUAAGAAGCUGGAACACUCCUGGAAAGCACUCGUCUAUGAUGGAGACUCUGUGUCUGUCCAUAGGCCUGGAUUCUAUGCUGAUAGAUUUCUGAAAUUCAUGAACUGUAAAGUUUUCAAAAAGUCACAAUCUUUGAGGUCAUCUCCUUCAAAGAGAGCUCGGAAUUCCAUUCCAGCUAUUAAAUACACAGGACAAGAAGUUCCAGCACCUGGGCCCACGCAAGAGCUAACAGAUGGAAGAAAUGAGACGUUAUACGGCACCAGGAGCUAUUCCAGCCUUGACGAAGAAGGAUAUCGUAGGCGACCAGAUCUGUUACCCAGCACAACGUCCUUAUUUGAAGCAGCCUCCUUAGCCACCACACUAUCCUCUACUUCACUAUUUCUGAAUGAGCAGACUCCAUCUGAGGGGACAGGAAAUUACUCUUACAAGGAAGGGGAUCCAACCAGUUCUACUGUGACUCUGGAAGAUAGUGCAAUUUGUCUAACUUUGGAGCAAAAUACACUGGAAAUAGAAAAUGAUGAUUCUGAAUUUGACAUUCACUUGUAAUCAUUGUGAGGAAUUAUUUGAAGAGAAGGUGGAAGAGGAAGAAUAUAAUCCAGAUUGCACAUGAACGUUGUUUUAUCUGGAGGCACAUGGUACACUCCAGAGCUCAUGAAGAAUUUAAAUGGACAUCUAGUAAAGGGAGGAUUCUAUAAAUUCUAAUAUGUGCCGCAGAAGUUUGUCACCAGACAUUCAACAGGAGGGAGGUCACAAGAAACAUUUCACACUUCAGCACCAUUCUGUAUUGCUUGCUUGCUUGCUGUACAGAUGGCUUUAUUUUUUUCAUGUAGUGAACCCACCUGAAACUUUAAAUGCUGACUGAAGAGUUUGUCGUUUCAAUUGGUUCUGAAAUUCCACUAGUUUUAUAUUUAUGCAGGACAAUAAUUUGGUAGCUGCAUACAUUUCAGUGUUGACUAACAGUAACGAAGUACCUUUAUUCUGAUGCCAAAAAUAGAUUGCCUAAAGCUUAAAUGUUAACCAUUCUAUUUUGCUAAAUUUCCUAAGAAGCAGUCUUUCAACAAGCCUAUGUAUAAAAUUGUCUACUUUGUACAGUACUCGGCUUAUAUUCAAUUGCAACAUUUGCACAUGCCCACAUUAACCGAUAGAAAACCUACUUUUGCUUACCUGUCGGUUGAAAAACAGGUUUACAGAAAUGUGUGUUCUUCAUCUCAAUGUCUAUUUUAAAAAUUGACAAAAGUCUAUUUUAAUGAACUCUUUCUAGGGUGGCCUUAAGGUCUGUGUAAAUAUCUUUCAAUUUGUAAACAGUUUGCUUGAGACAGAGAUGCUUCUUAUAACCUAAAUGUCCACUUAACCUAUAGUAUUGUACUGGAAUGACAAUGAUAAAAUAAUGUUCUGAGAUGUAAAAUAAAACUGGCCUGUUAAGUCAAUGUUGCAUAUGUAAGAAUUGUAUAGGACUUAAUCAUUUUAUGACUUAGAAAAUGGAAUUGACUGUACCUUUUCUUUAAGCAAUCCUGUGCAGAUUAUUUAAAGGUUGCAUAAUUAUUGAACGUAAAUGUAUUUAAAUUAUGUCAUCUUGCAACCAUUCUGUGGAGAGAUGAGGCAUGCAAGAGAGAUACGCUCAGUAACCCAGUGGACAUGGGUUAGUUAUGCACUCUAUCCAGGAUAAACUGAUGAUUUUGGCAAGUUUUGUCAACAACGGAAAGAAAGCACUUGGAACGAAAGCACCAGCAUUGUAUCAAUAAAGUUCAACUUAGUUCUGGAA